GUCCGCGCAUGCGUGCUGCUCCUCUGCAGGGUUUCUGGCUUGUAGGAUAGUGAGCCUUCCCUUAACUCCCCCCUCCCUCCAUAGGGUGCCACUGUGUGACCUGCCCCGGGGGGGAGAAACAGAGGUCCCCUGGGGAAAGGGCAGAGGGCAGCCGAACCCAGAGGGGCCCCUGGGAGCCUUGGGGGGGAGGGGCCACGAACCAGGAACUGACAGCUGAUUAGGACUUGGAAUGAACACUUCCUGUGGUGGGGUGAUCACAAUUCUGUACCCAUAGAGCUGAGAUCCUCGAGGUGUAUUCUGGAAUCGGAUCUGCCUGACGUUCUGCUGAUCGUGUGACUGUUGUGAAUUUUCUACUGGAUUGUUGGGAGAAGGCCCGUCAGGGCUCUUUUCUCUGCCUCACAAAAUCUGUCAAACUGGCGAUGUCGCGAGUACCAAGUCCCCCUCCCCCGGCUGAGAUGUCCACUGGCCCCGUGGCUGAAAGCUGGUGUUAUACACAGAUAAAAGUCGUGAAGUUUUCCUACAUGUGGACCAUCAAUAACUUUAGUUUCUGCCGAGAGGAGAUGGGGGAGGUGAUCAAAAGCUCGACUUUCUCCUCGGGAGCCAAUGAUAAGCUCAAAUGGUGCCUCCGUGUGAAUCCUAAAGGCUUAGAUGAAGAGAGCAAGGACUAUUUGUCUCUCUACCUGCUGCUGGUCAGCUGUCCAAAGAGUGAGGUGCGCGCCAAAUUCAAAUUCUCCAUCCUUAAUGCCAAGGGUGAAGAAACCAAGGCAAUGGAGAGCCAACGAGCUUAUCGCUUUGUUCAAGGAAAAGACUGGGGUUUUAAGAAAUUCAUUCGCAGAGAUUUCCUGCUCGACGAGGCCAAUGGCCUUCUCCCAGAUGAUAAGCUGACCCUUUUCUGCGAGGUCAGCGUCGUUCAAGAUUCUGUUAACAUUUCUGGGCAGAACACCAUGAACAUGGUGAAAGUACCGGAAUGUCGUCUCGCUGAUGAACUCGGAGGAUUAUGGGAGAACUCUCGUUUCACUGACUGCUGUCUGUGUGUUGCCGGGCAGGAAUUCAAAGCGCACAAAGCCAUCCUUGCAGCUCGGUCUCCAGUGUUCAGCGCAAUGUUUGAGCAUGAAAUGGAAGAAAGUAAAAAGAAUCGUGUGGAGAUAAAGGAUGUUGAACCUGAUGUUUUCAAGGAAAUGAUGUGUUUCAUAUACACCGGAAAAGCGUCUAACCUAGACAAGAUGGCGGACGAUCUGCUGGCUGCAGCCGAUAAGUACGCCCUGGAACGUCUGAAGGUGAUGUGUGAGGAAGCUUUGUGCAGCAAUCUGUCUGUGGAGAACGCCGCUGAGAUCCUCAUUCUGGCUGAUUUACACAGCGCAGACCAGCUUAAAACACAAGCUGUGGACUUCAUCAACUACCACGCCUCUGAUGUCAUGGAAACAUCUGGCUGGAAAUCCAUGGUGGUGUCUCAUCCUCACCUUGUGGCAGAAGCUUACCGUUCCUUGGCCUCUGCCCAGUGCCCUUUCCUGGGCCCUCCCCGCAAGCGUCUGAAGCAGUCUUAAUAUACUUUACAGAUUGUUAAAAAAACAUAAAUGUCCUGGAGCCACUCUCGUCUUUUCCUCCAUCGCAUGAGAGACACUGGUGGGGGGAGGGAGCGAGAGCGGAGGAUUCGUGACCUCCCCCACGUCGUGUGUGUUGUCACCCUUCUCUCCUUUGCCACGUGGCCGGACUGAGCCUUCUGUCUCCCGUAUCCUGUGAGGAGCAGGGAGCAUAAUGAACUUGCCCUCCUCGCAGGCAUUUUCCCUGCCGGAACCUUAACUUAUCAGGGUGGAGCCAAGUAACUGUUGCACCCAUUCUCCUCUGGAGGACUUUGGAAUUCUGACGUUAAAGGGCUGGAAGCUUUUCGCUGCCCUCCGACCCCCAACUGUUAUUAUUUUUGUUUUUGCUCCUGGACAAUAUGGGGGCUAAAUAUGUGUUUAUACACUCUGGGAUGCAUUUUAUUUUCUCUUAAUAUUGUGUUCCAUUACUUUGCUCCUUUUCAGAUUUCCACUACCAUAGCUCUAAUUUUUCUUAUGUUAUUUGCUCUAAAAGCUUUUUCUCAAUAGGCUUUUCAGGCAACCCCCUCCCCCCCCACAUACAUUCGCCAUUAUUGUCUUGUUUACCGUUGUGUAUGGCUGAUGUGUCAGAAAGUGGUUACAGUGCUGGACGCAGUUUUUUUUUUUUUUGAGGGGAUUAAUUUUUGGCUAGCAGCCAUGUUUGGGAUUGAUAUUAAUUUCUAAGUAGGAGUCUGGGCACCUCCAUAUUAUUAUCUGACCACAGAGUAAUAAAUAGGGAGGCGUUGUAAAACAGGGUGAAUAAUUAUGUGUAGAAUCCGUAAGCCAGCAGUCAUCUGGGACAAUUUGCCUUUAAGGGAAUAGACGCUGGCUCUUGGGAUCGGUACAGACCUGCGGCAGAAGGACGUUGUGGUGAUUGUACCAGUGCUGGACAAAUCCCAGGCAGCCAAUGUGCAUGAAAAUAUAUAACCGAUAUCAUUUUGAUUUACUGUCAGUGGAAACCUUAUGUACUUGUUUCCCCUAAAGAAAAUAAAAGGCACACAUAAGGCUUAAUUCACAAAGCUUUGUAACACGAGGAUAAGGAUCAUUUUACCAUGUGGCCGUCCUUUCUCAAUCUAUUUGAACUGAAGCUGAAAUUAGCUGUCACUUUUUAAAAAUAAUGAUCCUUUUCCUGGUUUUGUUGGCUUUGUGGAUUGAGCCGUCAGCCGUUGUGUACAUUUGUCUAUCAA